AUGGAUUUGAAAUUAGCUGCAUACAUCGGCCUGGGUACAGCUUUCUUCAUCAUUGCACUUCUUGGCACACCUUGUACUGCACAUUCCUCUUCACAGACGACAGUUGUACAACACAGCACGAGCACUGAUCCCGCAGCAGAUGGUUUCUGGAAACGUAAUGUCGAUUGGAAAUCACGCUGGGUGAAAUAUUGGCGACCGAAAGCAAUCUACGUGCCCAUCUGGAAGAAGGUCUGGACUCCGAUAGUGCAAAAUGAAUGGGUGCCACUGCCGAAAGUGCCACCAGGGUGGGAGGUGCGCAAGGAUGGUGUGAGCGACAGCACCAAUAGUGGUUGGAAGAGCAGUAGCAGCUAUGUUGACGACUCUUCGAGCUCAUCCAGCAGCAGCAGUGGGCUGCGUACGGGAAAAAGUUACAGUGGUUGGGGUAGCGGGAGCAGCGGUAGUUACGGUUCUAGUUAUAGCAGCGGCAGUCGUGGCUGGAAGAAAGGUGUAAAACGCACCCGUGUACGGGAAGUAAACGUUGACUAG